AUGGAUAGAUUUGUUCUGGCGGACACCGCCCAGCUGCAUUCUAAGAUUGCGGAGAUGGGACGUCGAAUACGCCAGCUGGAAGAUGGACUCGCCAUACUACAAUCCAGUAUAUCGGACGAACAACACCCAUUACUGAACGAAGACCUUCUAAUGAUCAAAUUCUAUCCCGACAAGUCAUCUGAAGAGGCGAAGAAUGAGCACUCCUUGGAUUGCAUUGAUGCAUUGGGAACCUUGACGAUCGGCGACAGUGGAGAUGCGAAAUACUUCGGUCGAUCCGCCGGUUCAGAGACUCUUCUUCUGGCGGGCGUGGAAAUGGAUAUGUCAGCAACCGAGGAAACAGAUCUUCCACCAACAUCGCCGGAUAUCGCGAGGCUGUCGCAACUCUUCCCUUUCGGCACUGACGGACUAUGGAACACUGAAAAAUCCCUCGAUAUACUGCUCGACUAUCUCCCCAGUCGCCCCCGCGCCUCUGCUCUAUGUGAAACUUACAUGGAGCAGGCGACAUGGAGCUGCAGGCCAAUUCAAAGGGAAGAAUUAAUCGACAGUAUCCUCACGCCGAUAUAUCGGUAUGUUAAGGAACGUGAAGUAGGAUCGCCACCUCCGACAGCAAUAUCCGCUCACCUCGUCGCUGUUCUCUUCAUGGUUUUCUCGCUGGGUUCCCUCAUGGACCUUACUCUCCCUUCACAUAGUCCCGAGUCAGAAAACUAUCAUCAAGUAGCACGGGCAGCAUUGGCGCUGCGCUCGGUGUUCGAUUCGCCAGAGAUCAGUACCGUACAAGCGAUUAUCUUGAUGGCAAGCUUUCACAGUCUAGGUAGCCGACGGUAUACUAUAGACAGUUCGUGGUCUCUUCUGGCCCUCGCUUGCAAACUAGCCCAGAGCAUUGGUCUUCAUCGUGAUAGUGCUCGAUGGAAGCUGGACGCGAAGACUAUCCAACGUCGUCGAGUGCUCUGGUGGGAAGUCUUCGCCAUGGAUCUGUUUCACAGCCUCGCAAUGGGGCGUCCGCCGUCCAUUCGAACAUCUUAUAUGGACUGCGAGUUUCCUGACGACGAAACGGAGACGAUCGGCGAAGAUGGUCAAGUUGCUAUAGGAUUUUAUCAUUGGAAAUAUAUCUUCGCUCGGGAUAUCCUCGCCAACGUGAUGGAGCUUACUCUCACUGCUGCGACACCCAGCUACCAGACUAUUCUUGAUCUUGAUCGAAAGGUUCGGGAGCUCCGUCCCCCGCCUCACCUCAACGUAUCCAUUACUCCGGACGAUCCGAAUUGGGCCCCCAGGGUAUACGUACAAGGCUCCAUGCUCUACAUACACCGUAGUUUCUUCGCUCAGGCCCUGCUCGACCAUCCGAUCAAUCCGUUACGUAGUCCCUAUGCUCCGUCUUUCCUUGCCGCCUACCGCUGUGCGUCAGGUAUAAUCAAACUCAGUGUACAACAUUAUAACCGCAUGCCGGACCUGUACGGUCGCUGGUGGCCUUUCUGGACCCACCUGUUUACUGCUGCGGUUAUUGUCGGAGCCAUUGUUACGAGAGCACCGUCAUCGCCCAUGGCAUCAACUGCCUUCGUAGAGCUCGGAAUUGCUUGUGACUUACUCGUAAAAGGUAGUCGGCUUUCGCGCCGAGUUCGAGGCGGACUGGUUAUCGUGAGCAAGCUACGAGAGAGAGCUACGCGGGUCUAUUCUCAGUUCCAAGCUGGCAACACUCUGCCACACAUUGAUUAUACCUCUGCCACUGAUAACGGGGAAGACGAACUGGCCAUUUUCGGCGGCCAGACUCGGGUGAUCGCAAGCAGGCUUCUAUCAAGGCGAAACCGCACUCGUAAUCGUGACUCUCCGACACCGAGCGUCGCCUCUGGGUCGUCAAGUACAUCUAGCCCAGAGCCGCAUCAUGUGUCAUCCCCUACUGACUCGCUACCGGAUGUACAUCCGUCUUUGGUCGAAUAUCUCUCAAUGCUUCCUAGCCAACCGACUUCUUCCCCGCCAACGUAUAAUGAUUUCCCUCAGAGUCAAUUCGUCGUCAAAACCGAAGCAAGCAGCGACCAGGUUCCAAUACAUACCAUUCCCCAGCAAUCCUUCAUACCACGUAAUGACUGCAUGGACCCGUUUAAUCCCCAAUUUGCCGCUUCCGGGUCAGGCCAAAUCGCACAGGGGAGCACGAUGGUGUCGAACGAAGCUUUGAGUCAAAUGGCACCUGGAGGCUAUAUUUUUCCAGCGGAACGCACGCAUCAAUGCGUGUUUGGCUAUGGCCCUUCCUAUGCGUCAGACGCGCCAAUGAAUGGCGUCGUAGAUUCUAUGGAUGACCUGCCUGACCGUGCUUUGACCGAGCUUAGCAUGAUGAUGUCCGGGGAUUCUGCCAUAGAUGAACAGUGGAUGUACUUCAUGCGGGACUCUGGUAUUUUGGAUACAAAUCUAACGUAG